AUGGCUCCCAGCCCAGACCUCGAGACUCCAACGGAGCCCCAAGCAGGCUCUCGCGACGCAGAGACUGGCUUCGACGAAGAGACUCCACUUAUUGCUCGGGAAAGCGCAGGGCCUCCCACUCGGGCCGUGUCUGCUGGCGGGGUCCUGGCCCAUCCCCGGACAUGGACGUGGCAGCGCUGGGUAACCUAUCUGGCUGCCCUUGUCAUAGUUCUCAUAUUUACCUUGACCAUUGUCUUUGGAGUGUUUCGAUCCCGCAAGAUGGAGUCUGCCACCGCGCUCUGCCUCACUCCAGCCUGCAUCCACGCAGCGUCCGAGAUACUCUACAACCUUUCUCCGAACUACCAGAAUGUCGAUCCCUGCGCCAAUUUUGAUGAACCUCGCCACGACAUGAGGCCAGACCAAGGUUCUCUGAACAGCUUCACCACGAUGGCUGAGGAUGGCCAGAUGAUCUUGAGGCAUAUUCUCGAGGCCCCUUACCCCGAUUCUUCCAAUCAUUCGUAUUUCUCCCCGGUGAGACUGAUGGUUACAACGAGUAACGCCGACGAGGAUAACUUCAACCAACUUCAGAGAGCGUACAACGCAUGUAUGGCCGAGACCGAGAUUCAGAAACUCGGCAUUACGCCUAUUCAAACCCUGCUUGGCGACCUCUCCAAACUCCUCGCCGUAGACGACUCCGCAUACGGGAAUGGUGUUCCUAUCCAGUCCCAGGACUCUGAUGGAAUAUCUGAAGCAAUCUUGUUUUUGGAGAAGUUGGAUAUCCCAAGUCUGCUGAACUUUGGGGUUGGUGCAGACGACAAAGAUCCUGACUCUGUCGUCGUCUUUGCUGGUCCUCGAUCUGGCGUGGGUCUGCCCUCCAAGACUUAUUACCUGGACAACGACAUCGUCUCGCAGUACCAGUCAGCUAUGGCUGAGGUUCUCAAUGCGGUUCUUCCUGGCUCGGCGGCUCGUUCAGCGGCAGACAAGUUGGCUGCUGCUGUGGUGAAGCUCGAAUCUCAAAUUGCUGCGGCAACCCCUGAGCUGGAGGACCUUCAGGAUGUCACGAAAUCGUAUAAUCUUAUGUCUUUGAAGGAUGCGGCCGCAUUGGCACCAAUUCUAGGACUCGAGCACGUCUUGACGUCUCUGGCGCCCUCUAAUUAUACGCUGGACAAGCUGAUCGCGUCCUUCCCGGAUUACUUUAGGAAUGUGUCGGACAUCCUGGCCGCCAACUCAAAGGAUACAAUCCAAGCUUUCCUUUCCUGGAAAGUGAUCCAGUAUACUGCUAGCUCUGUCAUAGCCCCCGAGGUCAAGCCAUAUACGCGGUUCAUGAACCAGCUCGCUGGAAAGGACCCAGACGCUGCCCCAGAGCGAUGGAGGACAUGUAUCAGCCAUGUUAACGGUGCCCUCGGAUGGACCUUGAGUCGGUUCUACGUGGAAGCCGCUUUUUCGGCCAAAGCCAAGGACCUAGGGAACCAGAUUGUGUCGGACAUCAAGGAGCAGUUCACUGCCAGGAUCAAAACGCUUGACUGGAUGGAUGAUGAAGUGAAGAAACUCGCUAUCGAUAAAGUAAACGCUAUUGUGCAGAAGAUCGGUUACCCAGAGAAUUCUCCAAACAUUACGGACCCAGCCAUCUUGAGAGACUACUAUGCGGGGCUAAACAUCGGCGACGAAUACUUUGCUAACGGCCUUUCCGUUUCUCGGUGGAGCGUUAAUCAGUCCUGGAGCGAGUUGGGGAAACCAACGGAUCGGGAGCAGUGGGGUAUGACUGCGCCAACAGUCAAUGCCUACUACAACCCCGCCGGGAACGAGAUCGUGUUUCCCGCCGGCAUCAUGCAGUUCCCCGUCUUUGGCAGUGAGUUGCCGAACUACAUCAACUACGGGGCCUUCGGAGCUGUCGCCGGGCACGAACUCUCGCAUGCCUUCGACAACAACGGCCGGCAUUACGACGUCCAUGGCAACCUUACGGAUUGGUGGACGGAGCACACGGUCGAGGGCUUUGAGGCCAGGGCCGAGUGCUUCGUUGACGAGUACUCGAACUUCACCGUCGCCGGCCCCAACGGUACGACACUACACGUCAAGGGGAGGCAGACCCUCGGCGAGAACAUUGCCGACGCUGGCGGCCUCUCGGCAGCGUUCAAUGUCUGGAAAAAGCGACAGCAGGGGUCUCCUGAUCUGGAUUUACCCGGACUUGACUUUUUCUCUCAGGAGCAACUAUUCUACAUUUCUUAUGGGAACUUCUGGUGCUCCAAGUACAGCGAGCAAGCACUUACCAGGACUAUCUACACCGACGAGCACUCGCCGAACUUUGCAAGAAUCCAAGGAGCUGCCAUGCUUAACUCCAGAGGCUUCCGUGAGGCGUUCAACUGUCCAGUCAAGGAGCCUGUGUGCGAACUUUGGUAA